AGAGAGGGCACCACCGUUCCUCCCCCUCGUUGCUCCUUUUCGCUUUCCUUCCUCGCAGACGUCGUUGCUGUUAGAGAGAAUUCCUCAAAAUGGGUCGUAUGCACUCGCACGGAAAGGGUAUAUCCCAGUCAGCGCUCCCUUACCGACGAAGUGUACCAACUUGGUUGAAGCUGACGCCGGAGGAUUGCAAAGAACUUAUCUACAAGCUAGCAAAGAAAGGACACACACCGUCUCAAAUUGGUGUCAUACUUCGUGACUCGCAUGGGGUUGCGCAGGUGCGAUUCCGUACGGGAAACAAGAUUCUGCGCAUCGUAAAGAGCAUGGGCCUGGCCCCCGAUCUACCGGAGGAUCUGUACUACCUGAUCAAAAAGGCCGUCGCCGUGCGCAAGCACCUGGAGCGCAAUCGCAAGGACAAGGACAGCAAGUUCCGCUUGAUUCUCGUUGAGUCGAGAAUUCACAGGUUGGCACGAUACUAUAAGGCAAAGGGAUCGCUGCCGCCGAAUUGGAAAUACGAAAGUUCAACGGCUAGCGCUCUCGUAGCCUAAUUUCGUUCGCUGUAUUUACGUCUUAUUAUGCCUUAAUAAAUUCCGGAGAUACCAAUUAA